CAAAAGAGGAAGCAGCGAUCAUUCAUGGCUUCCCUUGCACCUCACAGAGCUGCUGCUGCUGCUGCUGUCCUUCUGAUUUUCUUCAUCGGGGGUUUUUUAGCCAUGGAAGGUGGGGAAGCAGCCAGAGCAGCUAGAAUUUGCCCUAUGUACUGCUUGGAUGUGGCGUACAUGACUUGCAAUAACUCGUCGUCGUCGUCGAGUAACAACAGUACUGAUGUACAUAUAAGGCCAGCCUGCAACUGUUGCUUGGCACCUAAGAACUGCACCCUGCACCUAGCUAAUGGCAGUUCCAUGAAUUGUCUUCAUCAUUAAUGGAAAACCCCCCAACUCCAUAGUUCUUGACUUCUUGUCUUCGCCAUCGUCAGCCAUUAAUCGGCCGGCCAGCAAAAUUGCAGUUGGGAUGAUUCUAUGGGGUUAUGAAUAAAUGUUACAUAGAAAUCAUUUACCAUUGUGUAACACAAAUGACAUAUGCUGAAGGUGUAUAAUUUAUGGUUCCAGGGUAUUUAGAGUGUUGCGGUUAAUUACUUAAACUGUAUUAGUAUUGGACCUUGUCCGAGUUGUAGUAGGUACGGAUACUUGGCCGCACUCGACUCUUCUCGUUAGGAUUUUUAACCCUAGUCUAUCUCUAUAUAAGACUUAGAUACGAACCUGUCGUAAGCAAGCCGUCAAAAUGUAAACCUAAUCAGAAAUCAAUCGUGAGCUCUUUCGAGCUCACCGUGGACUAGUCAUGUUCGACGAACAAGGAUAACACGUAAAACUCGUUGUCUCGUGUUCUUUCGAUCUUUCGCGUAGUAAAAUUCUUCAUGGUAUCGGAGCGAAACUCGAUCCUUUGUCUAGAGUUUUCGAUUUUCAUAGAGAUCACUUAUAUCAACGUGCAAACUAGGACAUGCAUAAAUUUUGAUAUAUAAAUGGGAUGAGUUAGUAGAGAUUAGUACAUAGUGAUUUGUACAAUUUAAUCUGACGGAUAUAACUAAGCCAUUUCCAUUGUGAUUUAUACAAUUUAAUCUGAUGGGUCCAUCCACUUAUACAAUUGAUACAAUUUUCUUUUUUGGUAGUAUUUGAUACAUUACUAAGUUGUUAUACUUUUCACGCAAAUUUAUCAAUAAUGUCAAGUCCUUAAGUUGUGAGUAAUAUCUAAAUCCUUUAUUGUCUUCUUAAAAGAGUAUUUGUUAAGUUUGCAUCAAUGUGGUAUAGUUGUAUGUGGUGUAAGUGUCGUGUAUAGAGUAGAGUGAGAAUGAUAAUAAAGGAUUGAAGCUAAUCAAAAGUUCCACAUGUAAAAACAAUAGCCAAAUUUAAAAUCGCGAUUGUAUAUCGCGUUAAACAAAGAGGGAAAGAAAGUCGAACAGGAAACUACAUUAAAAAUAAUGCUAAAUAUAUAUAGGAGAAGCGGUAAGAGGCUUUUUAAAAGAUAAAUUUUGCGAAAAGAAAGAAUUGAACAUAAGACCUCUUAUUUGCCAAAUAACUUGCCAAACAAUUUGCUACUUGUAUUAUUUGUUCAUUUUAUUAAAAAUAUACCCUUUAUAUUUGUUUUUUUGUUUUAAUUUCUUUUAAAUACGGUGAUGAUUGGUGAAAUUUAACUUUAUCCCUGCCAAUACACUAUGAAUCCUCUCCAGUGUGGAGCGGUGGUCUUCUAAAUGAAAAAGUUUUUUAUAUGUUAAAUAUGCGUACUUCUUAUGAUAAGUUUUGUAGUGACGUGAAACAAACUCUGAGAAAUCGGGCGUGUGCUAGUCUUGUAGGUAUAGGAUUUCUUUUGAAGUGCAAGUUGUGUUCAACAGCAUGACAUACAACAUUUUCGAUUUGUAGUUACUUCAAUUUGCAAACUCAAUACCAAAGCAACAAGAAAGUACAUGUGGGUGUAGCUUCAUGAUUUAUUAGAUGUGUGUCAACUACUUUAGUGGAGUGAAGUCUAAUUUCAGUGUCAAGUUCUUAAGUUGUGAGUACUAUCUAAAUCCUUUAUUGUCUUCUUAAAAGAGUAUUUGUUAAGUUUGCAUCAAUGUAGUAUAGUUGUAUGUGGUGGAAGUGUCGUGUAUAUAGUAGAGUGAGAAUGAUAAUAAAGGAUCGAAGCCAAU